GUGAGGGAGGGGAGAGAGAGAGAGGAAAGGGAGAGACGCGGGAGCGCACUGGUUUGGAUUCACUUCACUCUCCAAUCACUCACGGUGCAGCCGCGUUACCUGCACCGUGCCGGACCCCGCGAGGACCCGAACCGGACCGAAGGGCUAGAACCGGACCAGACCUGCACUACUCUCACCAUCAACUUGGACCCUUUUCCACUUUUUUUUUUUUUUUUUUAGGAAGCGUGCGGGGGAGAGAAACGGGUGGGAUUUUUUUUCUCCCGUCCCGGUGCGCCGUCCACAUCCAGCACCUCCACCCUAACUCCCUCUCCAUCCCGCAGAAAGCGUGCCACCAGCGGAGGAUGCAGCCGCCUCGGUCCGGCCGCCCGUGACGCUUUCAGAGAGGGUCUGUCAGUGAGUCCGGCCGUCACUCCGGAGAGCGCUGGUCACGACUGAAAUAAACUGAGAGAAACUAGAGGGAUAACUACAGCUGUGACUGGAUUGUUUGACUCACCUCUGAAUCUUCUUUUUUUUUAUUUUUUAUUUUUUAAUGAUCACUUUUUAUUACAACCUUGUGGAUUUUUUUAAAUAAUAAAACAAUUUUUUCCCUGGAGCGCCUGCGUCUGGAUACCACGGAGGAGCCAAAGCUUAUAUCCAGGGUUGGAGCGCUCAGAGCCGGGGCUAUAACCCGAUCCAGAGUGAUGUUGUCCGGCAGAAAAAUGGCGGUGCUGAGGUGGGAAGUUCCGUUGCUCCUUGCCGUCAUCCUUGUGGUCCCCUGUGACGCUGUGCAUUCUGAUAUUCUUUAUCGGGUUCCCGAGGAGCAGCCGCCCAACACGUUGAUCGGCAGCCUAGCGGCAGAUCAAGGCCUUCCCGACACCGGACAUCUGUAUAAGCUGGAGGUGGGUGCCCCGUACCUGAGGGUUGAUGGCAAAACCGGCGACAUCUACACCACCGAGAUUCCCAUCGACCGUGAGACGCUGAGAGACUGCCAAAACCUGUUUGGUGACAAAUGCUUCUUGGAGUUUGAGGUGUCGAUCACUGACAUGGUGAAAGGGAUCGGCUCGGGGCCGCGGCUGAUCGAAGGUCGCAUCGAGGUGCUGGAUAUCAACGACAACACGCCGCAGUUCGCCUCACCCAUCCUCUCCCUGGCUAUCCCAGAAAACACGAACAUCGGCGCUCUCUUCUCCAUCCAGAUGGCCACCGACAAGGAUUCUGGUUCCAAUGGGGUAGCCGAAUACUCUUUGAGCACCGGACCAGAUGCCGAUGAGCUUUUCACCCUGCAGGUCGCCUUGGACACAGAUGAGAAACUGCCACAGCUGGUGGUCAUGGGCAACCUGGACCGUGAGAAGAAGGACUCCUACGAUCUGAAUAUUCGGGUUGUGGAUGGAGGGAAGCCACCGAGGGCCAGCAGUGCUCUGCUGCGUGUCACUGUGACCGAUCAGAACGACAACUCUCCGAAGUUUGAGAGAAAUCACUAUGAGGCUGAACUGCCAGAGAACAGCCCACUGGGACACUCUGUGUUGCAGGUCCGAGCCAAUGAUGCUGACACUGGCACAAAUGGAGAGAUAGACUAUAGCCUCCAUCAAGCAUCCGAGACCGUCCAAAGACUUCUUCGUAUUGACCGUUCCACUGGCAUCAUUUACGUCAAAGGUCAGGUUGACAGAGAAGAAACUAGCUUUCUCAAGUUCUUUGUAGUCGCCAGAGACCGUGCUCCUAAUUCCAAGAGUUCCAAAGUCCUAGUGACCAUCAUUGUCAAGGACCAAAAUGACAAUGCACCAGCGAUAGAGAUCCGUGGUAUUGGGUUGGUCAUCCACCAGGACAGUGUGGCCAACAUCUCUGAGGACAUGCCAAUUGGCACACCGGUAGCACUAGUGCAGGUGUCAGACCGUGAUGAGGGGGAAAAUGCUGUGGUAACGUGUGUGGUUGCAGGUGACGUCCCAUUCCAACUACGACCUGCUAGUGAGUCAGUCGGUGAUCGUAAGAGAAAAUACUUCCUGCAGACAACUACACUGCUGGAUUAUGAACGUAUUAAGGAUUACAGAAUUGAAAUAGUUGCUGUGGAUUCUGGCAACCCAGCUCUAUCAAGCACCAAUUCUCUCAAAGUCCAGGUUACAGACAUUAAUGACAACGCGCCAACAUUUUCUCCGGCAUUGCUUGAAGUGGACUUUGCUGAGGGUAACCAGCCAGGUGACAGAAUCCUAGAUGUUGUGGCCACAGAUGCAGACAGCGGCAUCAACGCAGAGAUGAUUUAUAGCAUAAUUGAGACCUCAGCUAGCAGGCUUUUUGAGGUUGAUGCCAACUCUGGGGAGGUUCGUGUGAAAAACGCACUGGAUCGAGAGGAUGUUGAGCGUUACGAGUUCCACAUCACAGCAGCUGACAAGGGCCUUCCAAGUAAAACUGGAACAUCAACAGUGGUGGUAAAUGUUUUAGAUCGCAAUGACAAUGAACCAAAAUUCAUGCUGAAUAGCUACAGCUUUUCUGUCAAUGAGAACAUGCUUCCACUAAAUCCUGUUGGUGUAGUGACUGUCACAGAUGCUGAUAAGGGGGAGAAUUCUAGAGUGACACUGUAUGUAGAACCAGAUAACGGGAAGUUUAUGAUCCAGAAUGGCACAGGAACUAUCCUGUCAAGCAUUUCGUUUGACCGUGAAAAGGAAAGCACCUACAUCUUCCGCCUGAAGGCUGUUGAUGGUGGUGAACCACCGCGAUCCUCCUACGUCGGUGUGACCAUCAAUGUUCUGGACGAAAAUGACAAUGCCCCCUAUGUCACCAAACCAUCCAACUCCUCCUACACCUACCUGACACCUGCCACUCCUCCAGAAACACGGGUGGAAGUGGUUGAGGCGGAGGACAUUGAUGCUGGACCCAAUGCAGAACUGCAGUACUCAAUCAUAGGAGGAAACCCUUACAACCUUUUCCAAAUCUCAUCCACCAGUGGGGAAAUAACGCUGGCAAAAGAAUUCUCUGGCAAACAUAACGGACUUCACCGGCUCGUCGUGAAGGUCAGUGAUCGAGGCAAACCUCCUCGUCACACAACCACCUUAGUGCAUGUGUUUGUAAACGAAACAAAAUCCAAUGUGUCUCUCAUUGAGGCACUGGUGGGACACAGUCUUUACACACCUCUGGACAGAGACAUAGCUGGGGACCCCAACUACGACUACAGUCAGCAUAGCAACAUUAUGUAUGCCAUCUUUGCUGGUAUUGUUGUUGUGAUCCUGAUCAUUAUAGUUGUGGUGGUCAUCAGAAACCAUCUGAAGAAAGAUACUAAGAGUGGUUACCAAGCUGGAAAAAAGGAGAGCAAAGAUCUUUAUGCUCCCAAGCAAGGCCCGAAAAAUGGCAAGGGGAAAAAGAGCAAAAAGCCAAAAGCUCCAAAACCCACAAAACCACUGGAAGAGGAGGAGGAGGCGAGCCUACAGAAAGGUCUGAAGUUCAACCUCAUUAAUGAUGUCAAUGACAGUCCCAGAAUCCAUCUGCCCCUUAAUUACCCACCAGGAAGUCCCGACCUGGGUCGUCACUACAGGUCCAACUCUCCAUUGCCAUCUAUCCAGCUACAACCACAGUCACCCUCUGCCUCCAAGAAACACCAAGCCGUUCAGGACCUCCCUGCAACCAACACCUUCGUAGGAACAGGCGAUAACAACUCAACGGGAUCGGAUCAAUAUUCGGAUUACAGCUACAAGGCCAACCCACCCAAAUACAACAGCAAACAGCUGCCCCACCGCCGAGUCACCUUCUCCACCUCCAAUCAAGCACAGGAUCUGCAGGAUGCGUCCCAGCACAGCUACUACGACAGCGGCCUGGAGGAGUCAGAGACCCCAAGCUCCAAGUCAUCAUCGGGCCCUCGGAUCGGACCGCUGGCUCUGCCGGAAGACCACUACGAGAGGACCACGCCCGAUGGCAGCAUCGGCGAGAUGGAACACCCGGAGAACGGUAAGACCAGGUGGAGCGUCGUCGAGCACCAGGCCGGAGAGGGGGGCUGGACAAAUCAGACUGCCUUAAGACAAAACUAAAGACACAAAGAGCAUCUUAAGCUUCCAUUUUUUCCUCCUCCAGAUUACAAAAAGAGAACAUAUUAAGUCUUUGAGGUUUUUUUUUUUUGCCUCUAUGCUGCAGUUCUGAGGAUUUUUUUUCUACUUCUCUUCUCGCCUGUGGUCGUGAACUGCUUUUUUCAGCUUUAUGUUUCACUUUCUUGUUGCAAAUUCCUGAGGAUGGAAAUCACAUCAGAAAAAAAUAGAUGAAAGCCUUUUUUUUGUAAGAGAAGUUGACCCGAAUAACAAAGAAUUCAUCAUUUUUGGUUUAAUGGCCUCUUUUCUUCCCUGCCAUGUCCUUGGUAGGUCACUUUUUUGGAAGUGGAGUUGAUUUUUGUUUGGGUGGAGGUAUUUGCAGCUCAUUUCUCUCUGUGGAUGAUACUCAAGCUCAAAUGGACUAAUCACAGUGGACAAAAGUAAAAUAUCUUCAUUCUAUGGGCCUUCUUUGCUCUUUUUUGUAUUUUUUUGCAGCUUGCAUUUCUCUGAGAACUGAAGAGUCGCUUUUUCAACUUUAUUUUUCUUAUUUUCGUUGCCCAGGUGCCUGUAGUUGUUAAAUGACAGUCAGGGUUCGGAGGACAGGGUGACUGGCAGUUAAUCAGCCGACACGCCUUCUCUCACAGUCCAACAGGAACUCUGGUAGGAAUUGUUUCAGGAACAGUCUUUCUUCUGGCCUCCAUUGACACUACUGCCAUGGGACAUUUUAGGCACAGUUAAAAGAGCACCCUUAAACACCUAUAGUUGUUCUUAAAGAUAAAUGGAAAUCAGUUUUCACUGUGUGUUCGAUAUGGAGGUUGAUCUAGUGGUUGUUGCACCAGGCUUUGCACGUACAGUGGAAGCGUUGGAAUUAUGAAAAUCUUGGUAAGAAAUCAGAACUCUGCUGUGCAAAGGUGCUAGAUCAUUUGUAGGGUUAGAAACUCUCAUUGUAUAGAUUUUCUCAAUAGAAAUAAACGCUUAAGAAAACAAAUAUCUUUCCAACUUAUAUUAUCUGAGCAAACAGUGUCUUAGCUCAUUGCAACAAGUGUUUUUUGUUACUUUUUUUUUCCCACCAAACCAGUGCUUUUGGUGGCAUUGUUUCCUCAAAACAUGGCACUAUAAAAAUGCUUCUGUCACAGCAUCACAUCUCUGUUGGGACAGGGGAGAGGACUGUUUUCAUUUGGUGCUGGAAGUGAACUUAUAGAGACCAGCAACCGAUUAAAUUGUUGUUUAAAACUCCUGAGUUAGUUUUCUGUGUACUCUGCCUUAUUUCAGACCAAAGUCUGGAGCUCCAACACGAGCAAAAAGUGAUAUGAUCUCAUUGCCUCCUCACCUUAUUGUUCGUUUUUGGACAAAACAAUGUUUUGUUUUAAUGUCACGCAGAGAGAAUGUAGAUGAAAAAUAAUUUUCACAGCUUUUACGAUUGAUUUAAUUUAUAAACUGGCUCUGGGUGGCUCUUUAAUAUCGCCACCUAGUGUUUAUAACUCCUGCUGUGUGUACAAUUCUUGUUUGCAAUGUUCAUAAAUACAGAUCAAAUACCAGAGGUGACACUUAUUAAUUAAAAAAAUGUUCACGUGCAACUGCUGGUUUUAAAAGUGUUUAGAAAUCAGACUCCAGCUGUUCAGACUUCUCUUUGCAGAGAUAAGAAGACACAUCCAAUAAUGUAUGUAAACAAGCUGUAUCUCAGCAGUGUGAUCCUGAGAAAUCUGUAAAACCAGGAAAGUCCUGGAACCAGCCCAGGUUGACCACUGUAACCACUUUGAUGGAAAAACACGAUAGACAAAUAAUCCCCAACAAAAACCCAUCUAUCAUUUAAUGGCAGCUCUUCUCCCUCUGAUAUGUAUACAUUGAGCUUUAAUUGUUCUUUUUAAAUCAAAAACCCUAAAGGCUACUAAAUUAUAUAAAAGAGAUCAGUAUAGGGGGCACAUUAUUUUGUAGUAUGAGUCAGAUUACUAAUAAAUGGCUGAUCUGUGGGGAAGAAACCUCCAAACAAAAGCUUUAAUUUAAAAAAAAAAAAAAUCAUUAAUUGCCAAAAUAGCAGUUAUAUACAUUGAUUAUAGUUAAUUAAUUUCCUAUAAUAGUUUUUUUUUUUUUUUUUUUUUUUUUAUCAAUCUAGACUUUUACCCUGGUCUCCAAUUGUGUACUGUUAUUGACAAAAACUCAAAUAUGACCAAAAUGUACACACAAUGAGUGUAUUAAAAAGAAAAACAAUUAGUGAAUUACAAAAAAAGGGGUUUCCCCAUUCAAUUUCUUUUGUGGAACAAUGUACUGUGGAGUCAUUAAUCUUGCCCUCUUUCUGUCUGAAUUCUACUUAUACACCAUAUAUUAAACCACCCACCUUCAUCUCACCUCUUCCUCCUCUUUCUUCCUCUCUGAUAACUUUUCUUUACAAGUUCCAUGUAAGAUAACUGCUAAAUUCAGCCAUCCAGGCAAUUAAACUCCUUGCUGACCUCCUAAUGAAACCCCUAAACUCCAAGCUGCCAUUCAGCUCUCCUCUUUCCGUUUUCUUCCAGUGAAUUAAUCUGUGUAGGACUCAGUCGGCUUGUACCUCCGCUUAGUAACAGACAAUUGGUCAUAGAUCAAAGGCUUGAUUAUUUGUAAGUGCAACCGUGUGUUUAGUUUGAAUUAUGCCAGUAUGUUUAUGGGAUAUAAAGCUGUAAAACGGUGUGUGAGUUUGAAUAUGUGUAGUAAUCACUGGUUUGCUGUAGGAAUCAAACAGAGCAGCUUGGUGUCCUGCUGCCGUUCCUGUGAAUGUAAUUUGUAUCCAGAGUUUUUUAUUACAAUAAACAAGUGCUGUCACACUCUA